UAGCACAAACAAACAACAAACAAGAAAAGGAACCCCCUAAAAAAAUAAAAAAAUCCUUAUCAGAUCCUACAGGGUUUUGUCGUUCCUUUUCCUUCCUGUUGGCCAUUGUCUUCAAUGAUCUGAUCAUCCUUUUUCUUUCUCAAUUUCCUUGCAUUAAUUGUUCUAUAUAUACACAUUCAUGUUUAUAUAUCUGAAAAUUUGAAGAAAAAUGGCCCGCGUAAGCAAUGGGAUGAUCACAGCGGUCAACAUCCUGACCGUCGUCAUAGCGUUGUCCGCCGUCGGUUUCUCCCUUUGGUUCCACGUAAAACAAGAAUCUCCGUGCCAGAAGGUGCUGAAAACACCUAUUCUGGUGGUGGGCGCCGCCCUGCUGGUGGUAUCCUUGGCGGGACUGGUGGGCUCGUGCUGCCGCGUCUCCUUCUUCCUGUGGUUCUACCUCUUCGUGCUGUUUCUGCUGAUUGUCGGCCUCAUUGUCUUCACCGUUUUCACCAUAAUCGUGACAAACAAAGGGAUCGGACAAGCGCUCUCCCGCAAAGGGAUUGGGAAUCACAGGCUGGGGGACUACUCAAGAUGGCUGCAGAAGUAUGUUAUUAAUGCAGAGAAUUGGAAUGAAAUCAAGAGCUGUUUGGUCGACGUGAAGCUAUGCCAAAGGAUUGCGGGUGGCAAGGCCAAGGACUUUUACACACACCUUUUGCCUCCUAUUCUGUCUGGUUGCUGCAAGCCACCAAAUUACUGUGGGUUUGAGUUCCAGAACGCGACCUAUUGGAUUAUGCCCACGACGGGGCCAGCAGUGCCUGACCCGGAUUGCAAGGCAUGGAGCAACAUUCAGACAGAGCUGUGCUUCAAUUGCGAGGCGUGCAAGGCAGCCAUCCUGGACGACAUAAAGAGAGAAUGGAGGUUGUUGGCUCUUAUAAACCUAGGCAUUCUUGUUUUGGUUGUAAUCGUCUACACCAUUGGCUGCUGUGCUCUGAGGAACAACCGGUGUGACAAGAGGAAGCAAAAAGGAUAUUUAUAACUGAUAUAAUUUUCUUGUCUGUUUGUUUGAAGCAUAUUAUCCAUUGUUUAGCUUCUUGAUGAAAGCUAAAACCCUACUUCAAAAGAACUUGAUUUGUCGCAUCUUGAUUAAGAUCAGCUCAUCAGAUGGAUGUAUACAUUCUAUUAUCGGGUGAUAUUGUAUAUUCAUAUUGAGAGGUGAUUCGUGUGAUGUUUUAGA